AUGUCUAGUAGAGGGAAAGAAGAAGAGCAACGAGAUAGACAUAGCCACAAACGUCGCAGCAGAGAAGGAAGUAGUAGCCAUGGGGAGAGAGACUCCAAUGAGAGGAAGAGGAGGAGAAGCAGCAGUGGUGGUAGUAACAUGUCUCAAGAAAUCCAAAAGAUUAAGCAUGUUGAGAUUUUGUAAGUAAAAAGUUUUUUUUUUUUUUUUUUUUUACACAAUCCACGUUGAAUGAUGCUGCCAGGCCUUUCACAUAUCACCCCUCUGUCAGUUCUUAGUCAUGCAUCAUGAAAGAUUCUAAGUUAUAACCAGUUGCCUAAUAAUAUGGAUUAAAAAUAAAGACUAAAGUCCGUAAAGUUCAGCUUUUUACACAUGCAUUUCUACUGUGGAUACACCGAAAGUGAAACACCUGUUUUGAGAUGAUUACCAAAUGUACAACAAAAUGUGAAAACUGGUUUUGUGACAGAAAAUUGCAAUCAAAUUUGGAUCAUUGGAUCUACAAGCUGUUCCCCCACGAAUUAAAUCCUUGAAUAUUUUUGUUCCCCCAGAAAACCACCUGACAUUAAUUUAAAAAUAUUUAAAUUAUCUUUAUUAUGGUUAAUGGUUAAUAUCGGUAUCAUUAUAGGCAAUGUAUCUAUUGCUGAAAAGGCUAAAUAUCGACCGAUAAUAUCGGCUAGACUGAUAGUCUGUUGAUCCCAAAUAAAAACGUUAAAAACUGUUUGAUGCUGAAUCAAAGGACAGCACCAGGGGACUCCAGACACUAUAGCCAGUUCAAUUAGAUGAUGCAGUGUCCUUUAAAAUGUUGACAGACAACUUAUCUGUUUAUGGUUCUUUGGGGUUCACAUUUUACCUUCUUAUCCAUAUAUAACAUCUGCUCUGCCCCCACUCCCCCUCUUAUUUUUGUAAAAUAUUUAAUGUCUAGAGAUCUACAUCGACUGGUAAUCCGUUGGUCUAAACUUACAGACUUACCUAAUUUUAUGGCCCGUCCGAUUUUAAAUUACAAAGAUUACCUUAUAGAGGCUGAUUUCAUACUUUGUGUUUGAGCCUUAUGCCUUUGCUCUUCAAAAUGAUUGCAUAGUUAAAACUGACCUAUAAUUUUAUAUGGAUUAUGUAGGUAAUACAUUAAAAAUUACUAUAAAAAGAAAAUGUUCCAUAACCCUUCCACACCAGAAUGAGACAGUUUAAUCAGUAAUGCAAAGUGUUUAUUGUGCUUAGAAUGACUUUUUAAAGCUCUCACAGGAUUACAGGGGGAAAUAUCUGGUACCACCGAAUUCUUAGGGUAUCUUAUCACUUUAGAUCCUCUGGAGGCUUAUCGGUUCCCCAUUAUAUUUUUAGAUCAUUCAAGGUUUCCAAAUUGUUUUUUAUAGAGUGCGGCAUCUUUCAGUUUUUGUUAGGUCAACUUUGAGGAGAAAAAUUCUGGAAAUGUAUACAUUUCAGGAGUUUUUAAUAGGAAUAUCACUUUAACAAUAUGUAUUUUCAUACAGAGCAGAUUUAUCACAAUGCAUUGAUAAUAUAUAUUUAAAAGCACUGUCACUUUAGUUAUUGCAGUGACUUAAUGCAAGAGAGUCUAUAUAUUGUAAAGCAAAUGAAGUGAUCACAUAUCCCCUCCUUCUAGACAUAUAAUUAAUUGCUUUUGAUUGGCAUCAAAUGGUGUUGACCAAAGAUCAUGCAUUAUAUACAGUUAGACAAUUUAUUUUAUAUAGGUCAAGCCUUAAAAAUUAAAGUUAAGUGCAAAGUGAGUUAUAUUUAUCAAUAAAAUAAAUGCUUAUAUAUGAUUUAAAAUCCAAUUUUGUAUAAAAAUGUAUGCAGUCCACAAAUCAAUUCUGCGUAUUAAAAUCACAAUAAUAUUUACAGAACUUAAAUAAAUGUAUGUGUGUGGAAAAUAAUAGUUCUGUAAAUCUAAGUGAAAUGUACUUUUGUAUUAGAGAACAUACUAAUUUUUUGUGGACUUUAAUGACUUGUCUAUUAUAAAUAUACAUUUUGCUCUCUUUAAGCUAUGAGAAACCGCCACCAGGAUUAAUCAAGGUAAUGGACGGAAUAUGCAAGAUAAGUCUUAAGUGAAAUAAUGUGAAUGUUAGUUAUCAUUCCUUUUUUAUUAAUCUAUUCAGUGUACUGUGCUGCAUGAAACAAGUUGUCUGUUUUUAGUGCCAUGCCACAAAUCCUCCAGGGAUACAAAUGUAUUAUAACCAACAUGCUUCUAGAGUCCAAGCACAAAGUAAUGACUUAUUUAAGAAAUUGUUCUAUAAAACAUCUCAAAAUAUUUUUUAUCACUCACAACAAGCCUGUGCUGUUUGUGUUUCUCUGUAUGCUGUACAAUAAAAGUGAUAAACUGAGAAACGUGCUUUCAAGAAUCAGAAGUUGGAAUGAGUCUUGUUUCACUCAGAUAAUGCUCAGUCAUAUCAGAUGUUUAUAUGUACAAAAAGACACUAAGGCAAAAUAACAUUACAAACCUUAUGCCUAAAUUUUCUCCUUCAUAUUAUUAAUUAACAACUUCAGGGCAUGUUUCAGAGCUCAGUAUUUUUGAUAAUCCAGCAUGAAAUAGGCUGUGACUAUUUGUGUAAUUUGCAUUUGUAGUUAAUAUUAAAACUGCUUUCUGCAAAGGCACAGACAGGGCAUUUUAUGCAAAUAGAGAUACAUUUAAUCUGUUUCUUUGGUACAAUGAAAUGUCCAAAUGAAUGUCUGUGUGCAUAUUUACCCAUCAAUUGUUUGGUACCAAAUUCUUGCAAGUUAAACAUGGAUUCUUUUCUGUCUAACAUAGUACCAGAGACAUUAAUUUGUAGAAUGCCUGACCAUCAGAGCUACUUUGACUGAAAGGUCCGGAUAUUUGAGAUAUUACGUUAUAUUUCCUUGAAAUGAAUACAUGAUUAAAGGGACACUAUAGUCACCAGAACAACUACAGCUUAUUGAAUUUGUUCAAGUGAGUAGAAUCAUUACCUUCAAUCUUUUUGCUGUAAACACUGUCUUUUCAGAGAAAAUGCAGUGUUUAUAUUACAGCCUAGUGAUAACUUCACUGUUCACUCUUUAGAUGGCUGUUAGAGAUCCUUCCUGGGUCAUAGCUGUCUAAAAUGCAUCCAAACAUUCAGUGUCUCCUCCCUCUGCAUGCAGACACUGAACUUUCCUCAUAGAGAUUCAUUGAUUCAAUUCAUCCCUAUGAGAAGAUGCUGAUUGGCCAGGGCUGUGUUUGAAUUGUGCUGGCUCAGCCCCUGAUCUGCCUCUUUGUCAGUCUCAGCCAAUCCUAUGGGGAAGCAUUGGGGGUUGGAUCAGGCUACCACUUCUGCUGAUGUCAGCAGGCAGUGGGCAGGUUUAAAGGAAACAGGGACAUGUAAGCAGCUUCAGGCUUGAAUACAGGUAAGAUUUUACUAUAUUUGGGGAGGCAUGAGGGGACCGGGGGGCUAGAUGGUGGUUUUAACCAUAUAGCGUCAGGAAUACAUGUUUCUGUUCCUGACUCUAUAGUGCUCCUUUAAGGACAAUGGCAUAUAUUUUUGCAGCAAUGUAUAGUUUGAUGUAUUAAUGCAUGAUGGUUAAAAUAAUCACAAAAAUGGGAGAUUUAUGCUUAACUGUGAUCUUUUCUCUUAGGAAGAUGAACCUAAACCAGAAGAUUGCAUACCAGAUUUGCCUGGUAAUGAGCACGCUAGAGAUUUUUUGGCUCAUGCCCCUACUAGAGGCCUGUGGAUGCCUUUAGGCAAAGAAGUCAAGGUCAUGCAGUGUAAGUUUUGUUGUUGACUUCACUUUUAGCUAACAGCUGUUAUUUUGUCUAUGUGUAGUGUAUGGUGUUACCAAUAGACAGUCUGUUGUCAAAAAAUUAAAAUUAAAUUUAACUUUAAUAUUCAGUUAGGUUUAUUCAAUGUGAAUAAGCACUAACAAAAUAAUAUAAAAAAUUAUAGCUGCCCUGCACAAAUGUGGUUCCCCCUCACUUGAACGGAAACCAAGCAACCAGGCAUAAAACCAUUUCUGUAAAGUAUAGAGUGCAACGCAUAUACUUAAUGUUUUUUUCUUUUGUGCACUGGAGGAUCUCAAAACAUUAAAAAGACAAACAUACAAAACAAAAGUAUAAAAGUAUUUUGAUGUCUUACAAAAAUAGUAGACAAGAGGCUAUUCAUUUGGAAACUUCAGCCCCAAGAUAUAGAACAACGCAUAUGUUUUAAUAUAAGCUUUGAGUUGCCCAUAUAAAUAACAUGAUCCUCACCACGCCUCAGAAUAUGUAGCAACUGCCUACUUAGAAGGGUAGGCGCUCAGAUGUCCUCACAGUGUGUCCACUUAAUGGGUUACACUAUCCCCUUUUGCUGUGUGUUUCCACUGAUCUCCGGGCACAGGAAACUAUACCAAACAGGACAAAAAGGAGAGCAGAUCACGCUUUAAAAAAAAAAGAAUUGCUUUCCAUGCCAAAGCAAUCAAAAAAGCCUGUGUUGACAGGCGAUGUACACGUAACGUGAUGUGGUGCCGUUGCCGCAGGUGUGGUUAACUUAGCAGACACCCUAUGGAACGCUAAAUGUUAAUCCAUUUCAAAUUGAAUCCAGAAUGUCUAAACUCGGAGACUAACAGGGCAUUUCUACCAAGAGUGAAACUGAACCCACUCAUUUACCUGAGGUUUGGGUGACCUGCUGUGGAUCCGGUGGAGUGGAUACUUUAUGGCAGUGGGUUUCUGGCUCUUUGCCUCCGUGGGAUCCGUUCUGCUGUAUACCUGGGUGGCCUUGCUUUCCCCCUGGGUGGACGUGGAUUAAAUGCCUUGCGUUUAGAGAUUAAAGCCCAAAUUCAAUAUCAAGGUCUAAUGGAAAAGGGGGAUUAUUUUAAAGAAAAUAAUAUUGUUACCUAUAACAAGAUAUGGACAAACUGGUUUGAUUAAUAUAUAGAAAAGAUUGCUUAUCUCUAGUAAAAAAAAAAAGCCCUUGCAUAGCUACAUUUGUUUGGUAAAACACUGUUAUCUCGAAAAUGGUUCUUGGCUGAAUUAAUAUUAUUAAUGAAGCGAUAUUGGUAUCGCCAAUUCUUUUGUUCCCAAAGGAUGUCCUUAUGUCUUUGUUUUUAUAUGUUUAUGAUGUACCUGACAUUUAUGUUAUAUUUGUUAUAUUUUGUGUAUUAUAUACUUCUCUGCUGAUUUAAUUCUAGAUAAUUGGUUUAAUUUAAGACUAUAUCAGCUUUAGAUACUAGCUCGUAAUGAUUAUCUAUUUAAGAAAUUAUCCAGACGUGACUGUAAUGGGAUAAUCAAAUAUAUUAUACUUGUUGUUCUCCUUUGAAAGAUGAAGUUGAACCCAAAUGCUUAAAGGGACUCUCCAGUGCCAGGAAAACAAACCGUUUUCCUGGCACUGCAGGUCCCCUCUCCUUCCCACCCCCCCAUCCCAAGUUGCUGAAGAGGUUAAAACCCCUUCAGUGACUUACCUGUAUCCAGCGACGAUGUCCCUCAGCACUGGUUCAGGGUCUGCCCCCGCUGCCGCCAUCCGCGGGGGAGACCUAUUGUGCAUGCGCAGCCAGCGACAGGGGGAUUUCAGCAAUGCUGGAGGUCCUCACAUAGCGUGAGGACGUCCAGCGACGCUAUAGCACAGACAAUCUGUACUAUAAACCCAGAAGUGCCCUCUAGUGGCUGUCUAGUAGGCAGCCACUAGAGGAGGAGUUAACCCUGCAAGGUAAAUAUUGCAGUUUAUGAAAACCGCAAUCUUUACAGUUGCAAGGUUAAGGGUAGUGGGAGUUGGCACCCAGACCACUCCAAUGGGCAGAAGUGGUCUGGGUGCCUGGAGUGUCCCUUUAAUUUUGUAAAAUUUUAAUAAAAAAUGCCUAUGUUAAAAGUAAGUAAUAAACUAUACAGUGUGUCCUACAACCAAGCUUCAUAUGGUACAUGGAGUCUUGGUCCACGAUGUUCAUAGGAGAGUUCCUGAUUUCAAAAGAGAGUGGAAUAGCAAGAUCACUAAGGAUAGACCUAAGCAGACUUUUCUAGAUACAUGUUUUUCAUAUAUAAUGCCUAGGUGCUCUUAUACAGGCGACACAUAAAUCCACAGUAUUAAAACUAUUUUGACACUCACAGGACUUGUUGCAAAAAAUGUAGAGAAUGUGUUUAUUCCAGAUUUAAAAAAAAUGUUUCUGACUUCAUCGGCUCCUUUCUGAAGAUUUGUCUUGCGAAAGGACCCGGUGAGAUCCAUAACAUGUUUUCUAUAUUUUUGCCCGUGAGUGCAAUAUUAUUAUUAUUUUUUUUUCUCAUACAGUGGAGUUGUGUAAUAUGCACAUGGAAGACUCUUCUUUAUUAACUUAUAUUUUAUUGAGAGUUUAUAAGUAAUGCAGUAUACAAAAGGGUGGAAUAUCCUUAAUUUUUAAGUAUACAAAAGUAUAUAAGAAAACAAAAAAAUCAGAAAUGAAAAAGUAGUGAUUUUGAACAUGAAAUUAGAGCAGUCGUUUGCAUCAGUUACAUUAGUUGUGUUAUCCACAAUGAAUAUAGGAACAUAACAUGUACACUAUGUACAUGACAGAGUGUUCAGUGAACUGUUUUGCCAGUUGCCACCAAAGGUCUUAGAUCUUUAGAAAUAUGGAUUUUUGAACAGAGAUUAGCACUGACAUGAAUAAGACUAACAUUUUGAAGUAAAGAAAGAUAUUACAGGCUUAGAGUUUAAUUUAACUUUUUUUUUUUUUUUUUAUCAAUUCUUUAUUUUUGCAUUGACAGACAUUGACGGUGAUAACAGUUUUGGCUUACGCAGAAUAAUUUUACUUUUUUAAUUUUCUCUAUACACACGGUUGUACACUAGGGGGAAACCUAUGCAUAUGUAUAGAGAAACAGACUUUUGUGAAAACAGCAAGAUUAACAGGAUGUAUUAUACCUCGUUUGCUGAACUAUUCACAAAUUUUCAAUGUCAAAUUAAGUUGCCAUUUAUUUUUUGUUUUGUAGGUUGGAGGUGUAAGCAGUAUGGCCACAGAACUGGUGACCGUGAAUGCCCUUACUUUAUAAAAGGCAAUCAAAAGAUUGAACAGUUCAGAGUGGUAAGUUUUUAGUUUUUUUUUUGUUUGUUUUUUUAUGUAUUGGUUAAUAUAACGGAGAUAAGUGGAUAUAAAUUGUAUGAAGCAUCUUGUUGUGUUUAAUAUAUCCUUUACUCAGAGAAAUAGUUCAAACAUUAGUUUAUACAGUGCACCUUGCACAAUUUUAACCUCUACAAUUUCUAUCCAAGUUUAAGUGAUAGAUUUUUAAAUUACAGACUUAUUUCCAACAUGAUAUUUCAAUGUAUAUAUAUUUUUAUACAUUUACAUUGGGAGAAAUUAAUGUUUUAGUGCAUUGACACAUGCAAAACUUGAGUAAUGCUUGUUUAUUUUGUAAAAUAUGCAAACUCAAAAUACAUGUACAACAAGCGAAGAGUAAGAUCAUCUGAAAAUUUUUUUUGCUUUUCAUCAAGGUUAAAAAAAGAGAAUAUUCAUCCUCACUGUAAUUUUUAUUUUCUUGGCUUUUUAACUGGUAGCAUUACUUUGGAAUUAUAUAGUCCAUUUUAUUUAAGUAGAUAGAAGCCAGACCACGUCUUGGGAUAAUGAUAUUCAACCCAUAAGAGUAUUUAUCUUUGCAUUCGCAUUAUGAGUUUGAGACUGUUUGAAACUGAGUCACUUUGAAAAUAUUGUCCAGGUACUGGCAUAUUUUGAUUCUCUAAAGUCUCAUGAAAUCUAUAAGGGUUGCACCUUAGUGACCGUAUGAUGAGAUUUACACAAAAGAAGGUGCUUUAAACUGAAAAUUCCUUUUCAUAUAGAAGAUUGUCAGGAUCUUGAAAUGCGGGAUGUUCGUGGAGAUGAGGUAAUAUGCAUCUGAGAUUUUUUGACAUUAUCCAAACUCCUUUGGAUAUCAUUGAACUGGUGGCUAAACUCUCCCUGGUAGUACAUGCUAUGUUAUCUAUAUAAACUUAUAUAUUUUGGGGAUUAAUACCCUCCUCUUGAGGACAUGAAAAUAAUGUGUUGUACAAGAGGGGAGGAACCAUUAUACUUUUUCAAUCAAUUGAAUAAAUGCAGUAAUCUGUGAUUUAUUGUCUGUAGACGUGCCUUACUAAAAACUGGAGAACAUAUGUCAUACUUACAUUCACCACCAUCGGUAAGCAUAUUUCCUGUGCAAAGUGUAGCUCUGGUUCACAGGAAAACAUAGGAAAUAACCCUUUUUAUUUAGUGAUGAUUCUCAACUCCCAGAUCUCACUGCUCCUUCCUUCCAUCCUGCAUGUGGCAGGGACUGUUCAGUGAGAAAGAGGAGCAAAAAUCAGUGACAGGUUUUGGGGUGCACACCUUUAUCCAAGCAUGAUCACCUCCAGCUUUAAAUUAUUAUGGAGGAAUUAAAUUGGGAAGGAAAAGUGGAAUAGGGUGUCUAAUGACAGGCAGGUAGAUGGAGUGAGGAAGAGGGUGAAGAUAAGGAGCGACAGUGCAUUAAUGAGGGAAACGCUGUAGAUUGGCUGGUGUUGUGAAUUAUAUUGUGAUAGGGGAGAGAGCUGGCCUGUGUUGCAGCACAAAUGGGAUGAACUGUAAAAAGAGAAAAAAAAAUACAUUAGGGCUUAAGGGGCACUCAAGGCUAAUGGCAUUCUCCUAUUUUUCAUGUAUUAUCCAGAAUUUGUUAAAACGGCAGACUGCACCAAGGAAGCAGCAUUCAACCAUUUAGUGUCUCUCCUUUAUAACUUGUGAGAGUAGCAGUGCUUAUGUAUAUGUGUGACAUUACCUAGGUUCUGAAUUUGGUCUAGACAUUUGUUUGCACAACAGUUACAUACAACGUGACUUCAUUUUCUGUUAAUGCAGCUUUAUCUUUGGACUGUAUUCUACCUUUAAACACACGAAAAAUGAAUUAAUAUGCUGCUGAAGCUUUGUCCCAAUGUUCCAUGCCAAAAGUGUGUGCAUUAUAUCAUCGUUCAAGUAGCUGAUAUGCUUUUUAGACAGUGAAAUGUAUAAUAUUCAAAAGUAAUAGAAAACUAAUAAAAUAUCUUGUGUUUUUCCUAAGGCUCAUGAAGAUCCAAUGUAUGGUUUAAUAAAAGAGAGAGAACAUCAGGAAAAGCAAAUGAGGUAAUAUCUGGCGAUGUGCUAGCUUCAGCAACCUCUGCUUUUGUCAGCAUCAGUUUUUUUUUUUUUUUAAUUAGGUUUUUUUUUUUAUGGGGGGGGAUGUGAUGUCAUAUUAAAGAGACAGUAUAUGAGAGAGAAAUCAAAUGUAUAAUUGUGUUGAAUUACGAUAAGUAACACAUAAUUUCUGUAUUUGUCAUCAACCGAAAACAAGUUUUGGAAUAUUAUUGCACGCUUCCACAAAGCCUAGAUGUUGAAUUGGAAACUAAAUAUUUCAGGAAGAAAACCCAUUGAAUGAUGAAUAGGUAAAGAGGCAGUGUUAAAGGGGGAAAAAAGCGGAAACCGAACAAGUAAAAUUAAUGUAGAUGGGACUGCUGUGUGUACCUCAGGCUUUUUUUUUAAAAUAUACAUCCAGGAAUGUAUGUGGUAUCCAGCAUUGUUCCUUUUUAAAAAUUAAUCGCUGUCAUGACUUGCCAAAACUCAUGUAAUUACAAUGUAAAAAAUUUGAUGCAAAUAUUUUAAUUUUUUUUUGCAACAUUAACCCCUUAAGGACACAUGACGUGUGACAUGUCAUGAUUCCAUUUUAUUCCAGAAGUUUGGUCCUUAAGGGGUUAAAGGACCACUAUAGUGCCAGGAAAACAUACUCGUUUUCCUGGCACUAUAGUGCCCUGUGGGUGCCCCCACCCUCAGGGACCCCCUCCUGCCGUGCUCUAGGGGGAGGAAGGGGUUAAACUUACCUCUUUCUCCAUCGCUGGGCGGGGAGCUCUCCCCUCCGCCUCCUCUCCUCCUCUGCGGCUGAAUGCGCAUGCGCGGCAGGAGCCGUGCGCGCAUUCAGCCAGUCCAUAGGAAAGCAUUCUCAAUGCUUUCCUGUGGACGCUGGCGUCUUCUCACUGUGAAAAUCACAGUGAGAAGCACGGAAGCCCUCUAGCGGCUGUCAAUGAGACAGCCACCAGCCUUCUCUGUAACUGCUAUGCUUAUAGAAAAAAAGGUUAAACCUAGCUGGACCAGGCACCCAGACCACCUCAUUAAGCUGAAGUGGUCUGGGUGCCUAUAGUGGUCCUUUAACAAGUUUGUGCACGUUAACAUUUUUUUUUUUUUCUCAGGAUCGAGCAACUGAAAAAACUACUGGAGGACUCCACAUCUGAUGAAAGUAGUGAUAGCAGCUCCAGUUCGGCAGGAUCAAGGGAAAAGCACAAGAAAAAGAAAAAGAAAAAAGACAAGAAGAAGAAGAAAAAGAAAAAAAAGAAGCGCAAGUCUUGCCACAGAAACUCUGAUUCAGACUGA